AUGGACAACCGACCUGCCUCGGAGUACGCGCAGUCAGGUUCGCACUUUCCAUAUCCACCGUCUGCCGCGACGCAUCAUUCUGAACCUCCAGCUGCAGACCAGGCUUCUGCUGCUGCCACUGCUCAAUACACCCCUCAGCCUGAGGUCCGCCCUACGCCUCAGUACACCCCUCAACCCGAGGUCCGCCCCGCCGCCAAUAUUUCAUCCUCCAACACACCGCAGUCGGACUACGGUCUGAACCAGCCGCCCGCCGCGCGCUCUCCUGCGUACCCCGAAUACCUCGCCCGCCCACCCCAAUACCAUCACGCGCCCAACACCCAAGCUGGUGGUGCGGCAGGUAUGGCUCAAGCAACAAGUCCGUCCAUGACCACCCUCAGUGAUGGGCAGCACCAUGACCAUCGCAAUCACUCGAACCUGAAGUCUGACGCGGCCGUUCCUAUAGAUCCCUCAAUUGCGGCAUCCAGCCCCACCUAUCCUCCUCCCUACUCCCCCUAUCAGCCCCAGGGCCACGACAUGGCACAGUAUCAAGGCCACCCCCCUCCUCCCCCGCCUCAGAUGUAUACGCGUCCAGAAUGGUCGCAUGGGUAUGGACAACAUCAACACGGUCUGCCUGGACCGUAUACCACUCCUGCCACAACGGUUGGUCCCGCCUCCCCUGCUGCGACCGCAGGGCCGCGCCCUGGCCAGGUAUACUCGUUCGUCCCAAUCCCUGGCGCGCAGCAGCACAAGAGGCCCCGCCGUCGGUACGAGGAAAUCGAGCGCAUGUAUAAGUGUGGGUGGAACGGAUGUGAAAAGGCAUAUGGCACACUCAACCAUUUGAACGCCCACGUCACAAUGCAAUCCCAUGGCGCCAAGCGUACGCCCGAAGAAUUCAAAGAAAUUCGCAAAGAGUGGAAAGCACGCAAGAAGGAAGAAGAGGCCCAGCGCAAGGCGGCGGAAGAGCGCGAGCGCGCUGCCGCUGCUCAGGCUGCUCAGGCCAACCAGGUCGAUGCACCCAACCCUGCUGAUCCCGCACAGGCUGGGCAACCCCCCGCCUACCCUGGUGGUGUUCGUCCUCAGCUCCCUCCGAUUGGAUAUCAGCCCGCCGACGGUCAGGUACCUGGGCAAUAUGGAGCUGGGGCUGGUGGUAUGGUUUACCAGGGUAAUGGGCAAAUGGCCUACCCGCCAAACUACCCUCACUCCCCUUAUGGACAGACCGGUCAAGUGUAUCAGACACACUCGCUGCUUAGCGGCCGUUUGGCGACGUCGUUUGCCCUGCACUGGGAUGCCGCAGCUCUUGCCGCCCGCCCCCUUCAUGGAUGCCUGAGCUCAGGCCCCAAGGAUCCGUCUUAG